CACACUUUUCUGAGGGCCUUGGACAGACAAUAUUGCUUUAGUAGUAGGACAAGAUAUACAGUAUUUAAGGUCCUCUGAAUGUAAACAUUACCUAACAAAAAAGCAGAUUUUCAGGCUUACAUGGAGAUGAAUGAGUCUGCGAAGAGCCCGAACCAGCAGAGCUACUGGCAGGAGAUGGGCAGAUGGGCAGGUUAUGAAGAGACAUAUGAUGUGGAGGCGGGUCGAUGGAGCCCUUCUCACAUCUCCUACCUCACCUUUAAGAGCCUUGUGCAGAUACGCAGGACAAUGAACACCGGUGUGAUGAUGCUGGACAGAGAGGAGAAGACGCUCUCCAGUAUUAUUGAGAAGAUUGUGGAUACCCUGGUUAGCAAAAAGGAGAUUCAGCCAGGGGACAGGGAUAAAGUUCUUCAAGCAUUAAUGCACAAACAGAGCCAAUCAGUGGAGACCCAGCCUCUGACCUCAAAUGUGGAAAUGGAGAAAUUCUCUGUCACAGAGAAAAGGGAGACAGCGGAUAAAACAGAGGCCUCGAUGGUGCUCGUAGGUGCUCUGGAGUUCCUGGAGAGGCCUACAGUAGUAUUUGUGCGUCUUCGGGAUGCUGUGGUGCUGGAGUCGGCUCUGGAGGCUCCUGUUCCUGUGCGUUUCAUCUUCAUCCUCAUCGGCCCGACCAUAGAUGGCAUGAACUACCACGAGUGUGGUCGAGCGAUGGCAGCUCUACUCGCUGACAAAGUAUUUAACCAAGCAGCUUUCCAGGCUCAGAGUGACCGAGAGCUCACAGAUGCAGUGGGAGACUUUAUGGACUGCUGCAUCGUGAUUCCACCCACUGAGAUUCAGAAUGAGUCUUUGCUAACAUCACUCAUCCCCUUCCAGAAGAAACUGCUGCAAGAGAGACUCCGGCCCUCCAAUCCUAAACUUCGCCUGGAUGUCAAACCUCGCAAGCCUUCAAAAUCUUCAGGACCUCCUCCGGAAGACCCACUAACACGUACUGGUGUCCCGUUCGGUGGGAUGAUCAGAGACAUGAAAAGACGAUACAAACACUACAUCAGCGACCUCACUGAUGCUCUGAACGCUCAGGUUCUUGCUGCCAUCAUCUUCAUUUACUUUGCUGCACUCUCACCUGCCAUCACCUUCGGAGGUCUGCUCGCUGAUAAGGUGGAUAACAUGAUGGGAGUGUCGGAGCUGAUGAUCUCCACUUCACUUCUGGGCAUUAUCUUCUGUCUGAUCGCUGCUCAACCUGUACUAGUUAUCGGCUUUUCUGGGCCACUGCUGGUGUUUGAAGAGGCCUUUUUUAAUUUCUGUAAGUCUCAGGGCAUUGAGUACAUCGUAGGCCGAGUGUGGGUGGGCAUUUGGCUGGUGGUCAUCGUGGUGGGGAUUGUUGCAUUAGAAGGAAGCUUCCUGGUUCGCUUCAUCUCCCGCUUCACUCAAGAGAUCUUCUCCAUCCUCAUCUCCCUCAUCUUCAUCUAUGAGACAUUUGCCAAACUUUUAAAGAUUUUCAGAGAACAUCCACUUACCCUGAAUUAUGAGCAUUUAAACACUAGUGUUGAGGACCCCUGGCACUCUAUUGUCAGCUAUCAGAAAAUCUUCGAUAAUGCUACAGGCAAUGUGUCUGUCGUGAGGACUGUUGAACAUCAAGCAUAUCCCAACACUGCCCUUCUGUCUAUGUGUCUCAUGUUCGGCUGUUUCUCCAUUGCAUACUACCUACGCAUGUUCAAGAAUGGAAAAUUCCUGCCAGGAAAGAUUCGACGUUUGCUUGGUGACUUUGGAGUUCCCAUUGCAAUUUUCCUCAUGGCUGCCAUUGAUAUCAACAUUGAGGAUACAUACACUCAGAAACUGGUGGUGCCUAAAGGUCUUCAGGUGUCCAACCCUAGCAUGCGGGGCUGGUUAAUCAACCCAUUUGGUGAGCAUAAGAGUUUCCCCGUGUGGAUGAUGUUCGCCUCUAUUGUCCCAGCUAUCUUGGUCUUCAUCCUCAUUUUCCUUGAGUCUCAGAUCACCACGCUAAUUGUAAGUAAACCAGAGAGAAAAAUGGUCAAGGGUUCUGGCUUCCACAUGGAUCUUCUCAUCCUGGUGAGCAUGGGGGGUCUGAGUGCCUUUUUUGGCAUUCCUUGGUUGAGUGCCGCCACUGUACGAUCUGUAUCUCAUGCCAACGCUCUGACGGUCAUGAGUAAGGGCCCAAAACCUGAGAUCGAGAAAGUUCUGGAACAGAGAGUCAGUGGUGUAGUGGUGGCUUUGCUUGUUGGUCUUUCUAUUCUCAUGGAGCCCAUUUUGAAAAUGAUUCCCAUUACAGCUCUGUUUGGAAUCUUCCUCUACAUGGGAAUCACAUCACUGAGUGGUAUUCAGCUUUGGGAUCGAAUGCUGCUUCUUCUUAUUCCCAAAAAGUAUCACCCUAAUGAACCCUAUGCUACAAGAGUCAGCACCAGUAAGAUGCACGUGUUCACUGCCAUUCAAAUGGUGUGUUUGGCAGUCCUCUGGAUAGUGAAAUCAAGCCCAGCGUCUCUGGCUCUACCAUUCGUCCUCAUACUCACCAUCCCUCUGCGCAUGUUCAUGACCGGACGACUUUUCACAGAGCAAGAUAUGAAGUUUCUUGACGGUGAUGAUUCCAAGGCAACAUUUGAAGAGGAGCCAGGAGUGGAUGUGUAUUCUGAAACUCAGAUGCCACUGUAAUCAACUUGUCUACAACCAAACCCAUUGUUGGCAAUCAACAGAAUUCGAGAACAGGCAACAUAUGAAGGAUUUGACAAUAUAUCAUCACCUUGGAAUUAUAAGGUUCUAUCUGCGUUCUGAAUGAUAUUCAGAUAUUGAGCUUUAAAGUUUUUGCAUUCCAUAUAGCAAACAAUAUGUGUGUAACAGUUCUCUUUCAUACAUUAACAUGACAGAGACCCUAAAUUUACUCUACAUGUAAAUUAUCAAAGUUCUCUUACAUUUGCAAAUUGGAGUAAAAAAAAA